AUGCAGACUUCUGUGAGCUAUUCUAUCUCUGCCUCGCGGCUUAGCGCCGUUUUGGCGCAGUGGCACGCUGCUGCCGCUCGUGGAGAGGAAGCCGCAAAAAAGUGCGAUGCGUGGGCCUGCGUCUUUGGAGAGCGUAGCGUCAACACCCCCGAUAACCAGCGUGGACAGGCGAUGCUCCAGUACAUCCUGGAGGCAAAAGAGCCAGUAUGCAACACCGCCGCACUAAUCACCAGGGAGGUGACGCUUAUUCUCCACGGAGCAGGCGUGCGCGUUGUGGCGCCGACGACAAAGCUCGAGGGACACACUAUUGAGGUGGUGGAGGGGGUCGAGGCGGCACAGGCGCAUGUCACCAAGCUGCUUGCGGAAAAGACAGUUGGUGCCCCAACGAACGAGUUCGCCAUUCAGGAGGGUGCAUUUGCGACCACCUUCGCUGAGCUCGUGCGCAGAGUCGUGCCGAGUGAGUCGCUUCUGUCAGCCGCCCCUGCGUUGGGUGAGCUGCUUUUCGUGAAGGAUGAUGCCGCUCUCGGUUGCGUUGAAAAGGCUGCAGGGCUGUGCUGCGCUGUCUUUCGUCGUUACGCCCGUGACUGCAUUGCGGAUGAGAUGUCGAAGGCGGAUCCCAAGACCCUCUACGACGUGCGUCAGAUGCUGUACACCACGCUGGAGCGACCAAAUACCAUUCAGGCACUCGAGUCGCUCGCUGUGGACGAUUUCGCCCUCGUCACCGGCCUGCCGCCAUGCCUUUUUCACAGGGGGACGUACAAAACCCAACUCAACGUGGACGAGGACACGCUCAAGGAGGCAUGCAAUGUUCCCAUUCACGGUGAUGUGGUCGUUGUGCGAUUUGGCGUCAAGAACAUUGGCUACACCGCUUUUUUUGGUCGUACACUCUUGGUGGAGUCGGCCGCACCGCCGAACGCCAAAGCAGUGUAUCAGUUUGCCUACGAUGUGAGCACUAAGCUCAUGGAACUCCUUGUCCCUGGUGCUCGACUCAGUGACGUGUACGCUGGCGUGAUGCAGUACGCGAGCGAUCAAAACGCCGAGCUGGCCUCCUUCCUAUCGAGGAACUUCGGGUUCUCUACAGGUCUCCUCGUCCUCGAAGCGCGCGGGAGCAUUUCGGAGAAGGGUAUCGCGAUCGUCACCAAUGGGAUGAGCUUCGUGAUACGCGUCGUGCUGGAGUCCGUUCCGAGCGCAGACGGCGAGGGCACGUUUGACGUUGAGCUCACUGACACCGUAAUCAUACGCGGUGGUGUGGCGGAGCUCAAGACAAAAGUUGCACGCAAACUGGCGGAGAUUCUCUACGAAGACCUCGAUGAAACGGCCGCUGCGACGGAGGCGCAGGAGCAGGCGCGGCGCAACUUGAACAAGAUCACUCGCCAGGGCCAGUCCGAGACCGUUGUGCUCUCGCGCGAAGUGCAGCGCGAGCAGGAGCUGCGACAGCUGCUGAGCGAGCUGCACGCCGAGUUUGUGGCGGCCGGUGGCAAAAAAGGGGUGCAGACCUCAACGGAGGAGUACCGUACAUACGACGUAGGCCGUCUGUCUCUGGGUGAACUAACUCCGUACAAGCCAGAUGACCGGUUGCCGCCUCUGGAGGGCAACAACGGCAUCUUUGUGCAGCCGGAGAAGAAGGUGGUGUGGCUGCCAGUGUGCGGUCGUGCUGUGCCCUUUCACGUGUCGACGGUAAACAAGGUCGAUGUGAGGGCUGAAGGUGAUAAGUACAUCAUGACCAUUGUGUUCCAUAGCAUGCAGGAGGCCAAUAUAGGCUACAAGCUGAACCGCACCAAGGUUUUCCUGAAGGAGCUGACGUACUCGAGCCCGAGGAACGUCUUCGCCGAUGCUGUAAUCGCCAUCCAAGGCAUUCAGCAGCGGAUCAAGAACGAGGAUGCCGCCCGCAAGCGUGCCCUCACUUCCGCCUCCAACGGGAGAUUGACGGUCACCCCCAAUCCACUGCGGCUCCCGACAGUCAAGAUUCGCCCGCCGAUCGCGAACACGAACCGCCAGAGCAAGGGCUGCGUGGGCAACCUUGAGCUGCAUGCCAACGGGCUGCGAUUCUCAUUUCUUGGUGGUGCCCCGUUGGAUAUGCUUUUUGAGAACAUCAAACACGUCAUCUUUCAACCUGCGGUGAAGAGCAUCUACGUGAUUUACCAUGUUACCCUCACAAAGCCCAUCGAAGUGAACCGGAAGAGCAUCUCGGAUGUGCAAUUUGUGGCAGAGGUGCUGGAGAGCAGCGAGCUGGCGAGUAGUGCGCGACGAUCCUUCGAUGAUGAAGUCCAGGCGGAGGAGCGCGAUGAAAUGCGCAUUCGGCAGACAAACAAGCAGUUCAUCACCUUUGCCCAUGCCGUGGAGGAGCGGAGCAAGAUCAAGACGCAGCUGCCCACCAAUCAGUUCUCCUUCGACGGCGUCCAUGCUCGUUCCAUGACGACGUUUAAAGGCAAUCGCGAGGUCCUCUGGGCUAUCAGCGACACCCCAGCUUUCACACAGAGCGUCCAGGAGGUCGAGGUGGUCUCCUUCGAGCGCAUUAUCCCAGGCGGUGCAACGUUUGACAUGUCACUCAUCCUGAAGGACUACAACAAGCCGGUCAUCACAAUCAACUCAAUCCCGCGCAAUUCGCUGGAGCACAUUAAGGACUGGUGCCUGAGCGCGCGGCUCUAUUACAUGGAAACCACUGUGAACCCGAACUGGCGCACCACAAUGAAGGAGAUCCGUGAGGACCCAGACUGGAACCCGUGGCUGCGCGGAGAAGGCUGGUCGGUGCUCAAUAACGAGACGAAUGAGGAGGACGACGAGGAGGACGACGGCGGCGAUUCCGACUCGGAUUCGACGUACUACGAGGACGAAGAUGAUGAGUCCUCCGAAUCGGACGACAGCUCCUGGCUCGAGGACGAGGAGAGUGACGUGGAGUCAGACAGUGACGCAAGUGACGAGUCCAGCGCCGCCAGCUGGGACGAGCUCGAACGCCGAGCAGCCGCCAAGGACCGUCAGAGCGGCUACAGUGACGACGACGAUCAUCACCCACGUAAGCGCCCACGCACGGGUGCCGUUGCACCUGCCGCAGCGGCUGCGCCCCCUAUCCGACCCUCAAAGAUUCCGGUCAACAUGGCGGGCCGCGGGGGCGGCGGCGGCGUUGUUCCACCUGCGCGUCGAUUCUAG